AUGAGAAAGAGCGAAAGCGAAAGCGAAAGCGACGAAAGAACCUGGCCGCGCCUCUCGUUCCACGGGGGACGGUCGGACCGUAUUGCGAACACCAGCUUCUUCAUGGUCUUGUUUGUGGUCUGGCCGACCAGUAGUCUGCUGCGAGUCCACCCUGCCAAUUACCACAAGGGGAACCACAAGCUGCAAGACCCCCCGACCAGUUCCGGAACGCUCUACCUUCGUGGCUGUCUGGAGGGCCGUGGCUUCCGCGUGCGCCUGUGGAUCGAAGACGAACACGGGGUAUUUCUCUACCCCGUAGGCGAGCUCGACUUGGGCGAAGUCAUCACCAAUCGCGGCACGGCCCGUCGGCAAGAGCCGGCCCGCCGAAGCAAGCGGCAGCGCACGUCCGACGCCCAAGCCGACCGACCAGAGGGACUCGCGCAGCACCAGGACCAAGGCCUCGCGUCCGACCAGCACCCUUUGAACCCAGAACCAGGGCCAAUUGAGCUGACCGGGUCCACGACCACCAGCCCCGCAGGAACCCCACAGUACGGCAGCUUUGACUGGAACCCUCCCACCAAUUCCAUUUCCUACGUCGACAACAACAGCAUCUACGACAACAACAGCCACGCAGCACCACUGCGAGACGACCGCUUCAUCACACCCUAUCCGCACCCGAGUGUCGUGCGACCCGACCCGCUCGCUCUACCGACGUCUGCCCCUCCUCAAGGAGAGGCGGCUCGCGAAGACGAGACGGAAUUCGACACCGAUCAGUUCUUCAACUAA